ACACACACAGAUGGUUCCAUUCUCACGGCGUUUGUUCCUUCAAUGUUGGCAGAGGGCCGGUGUCCUAGCAAGCUAGCACAUAUUGGUAUAAUAGUCCAAGACCACGUACUUUAAAGGGGAGGUCUGUCUUAUGUUUAGCGCUUUCACUUCUUCAUUCUACUGAGAAGAGUUUUACAAAAGAGUCGCCACAACUAGUAAGCUAACGUGCUAAAAUUGUUCCAGGAAUUAUCAAGUUUGUGUACACGGGUAGUUUCACAGAUUUAAUCCAACAAGAAGCGUUACUUAGUCAGUUAGCUAACAUAGCCAGCUAAAUACUUCAUUUUGUUGUUACGGAGGCGGAGUUGCUUUUUCAUAGCGAGCAACAUGCCGGAAUAUCUGGAGGACCCAUCGGUUCUCACCAAAGAUAAACUCAAGAGCGAGCUUUUGGCCAACAAUGUUGCUCUCCCGACCGGAGACCAGCGAAAGGACGUUUAUGUGCAGCUGUAUCUGAAAAACUUGACCGUGCAGAACAAGAAGAUCUCAUCUACAGACGCCUUCUCCAGCGACGAGGAGUUUCCAGUCCCCGUAGUCUUAAACAAAAGUCGCUCGGGCAGGAAAGCCACGAGGAAAACGGACAAGCCUCGGCCUGAGGACUUGGAUGUGACUGAGCUGACCAGUGAGGGCCUGAAGGACGAGCUGCUCAAGUAUGGAUUCAACGCAGGACCCAUCGUGGCCUCAACCCGUAAGCUGUAUGAGAGAAGGCUCCAGAAGCUGUUGGACCAUGGUCCUCCUGAGGCCGUUGCUUUACCGGUGGUCAUCACUCAGGUAGACAGCAACCACAACGGCAACUCUGACUCAUACCACUACAGCGACAAGGAGGAAGAGAUGACAACAGUCCCAGGACCAGAGCCAGUCCCCGUGGUUGAGAGACCUGUCAGAAGCAGAGGGAAGACCCCAGUCACCACCAGGACCCGCAGCAGCCAGCACAACCGGGUGGAGAAGAUAGCAGCUGGUGAGCAGACACCCAGCAGGGCGGAUGAGAAGGAUGUCCUGAAGGAGAUGUUCCCCUACGAGACCAACACUCCAACAGGAAUCAACGCCACCUGUCGACGGCCCAUCCGAGGUGCAGCCGGCAGGCCCCUAAAGUCUGGUGACCUGUGGACAGAUGAGACCCUCUUGCGUUCCGCCUCUAACUCUUCCUACACGGAGAGCCGCACCGCCACCGUCCACAGAGUCACCACCCUGCCCCCCUCUACCAGGCUGGUAACGUCAGUGGCGCCCUCUGCUGGCAAGGCCGUAGCACCACCCCGUGGCCUGCCUGUCUGGCUGAAGCUGCUGCUUCUCAGCGUUGUAGCUGGCUUCAUAUUCUUCGUCUACCAGACCAUGGAGACCAACGCUAUGGCGCCCUUUGGAGGGUCCUCAGAUUCCACGCAGACCAGUGGCAGUGAGGUCCGCAAGUGAAGGCAGCAUAAUGUUACUGCCACCAUUUUCAUUGUCAUCGUCCCUCGCUUCCUUGGCAUUCUUGUAUUUUUUCCCUUCUCCUGUAUCUGUCACUUAUAAUUGGUUAAGUGGUCUGGUACAGUAGCCUAAUCUUUGUCAACACCUCCUGGAGACGACAAUGUCCAAUAUGACAUAUUGAACCUUGAAGAUGACCACCGCUUCUCAUUCUGAAAUGACAAUACCGUCUUCUGUUUGUUUGUCUGUCCUUUCCCCAUCUGAGCCUGUGAGGCUGAGAGAAAGCCAGUCGCACCACUCAUCUCCAGAUAACGUACGUACACCGAAACAGUGGCUUCCAAAUUAUGUGAACUUGCUUUAUGUGGUCUAUUUUUGUUUUAUGUCUCUGCACGGUGUAGUCUUAUGAUUGCAUUUGCUUGAGUCUGUGAGAGAGAAUUGCCUGUGUGCGUGUCUGUGUUUCACGCGGUUUGCUUUGUAAUGCUGUCGCUGUAAUCUAAUGCAGUUAUUGUGGUCCCGUGUGGCUCAGUUGGUAGAGCAUGGCGCUUGCAACGCCAGGGUUGUGGGUUCAUUCCCCACGGGGGG